AUGCUAAAUUUUACAGGCCACACAAGAAGGAGAAACAUUAAUUUGGGCAAUAGGUCUGCUACAACGAAGCAGGACCUACUAAUAAAAGCUAAACAGGAGAGAGAUAGAAGAGCACAAGAGAGACAGAAUGAAGGUGCCGUAAGAGUAAUACAGACCCAUUUGAGGAAAUAUAUUACUUGCGAUUAUGUUAUCAAGCACUGGAAUCAAGGGCUGACACCUAUGGAAGAGAAAGAACAGAUUAAACAUUUAGUACUGGCAUAUGGUCCUCGAAUUUAUGAGCACUUGAAUCCACCACAAGUCUUUGACAUUUUACAACGAUCACAACCUAUAUUAUCGUCCUAUCCUGGACUACUCGGUAACAUACAGUUGUGCAGAAUGUUGGGAAACUAUAAAGAUGAUACCCUUGUAGUAAUUACUUUGAGCGCUAUGAAUGCCAAAUUUAGGACUAAUAAAGAAUUUGUGGAGGGAUUGACCAGUUUUUUAAGACACACGAAAUCUUUAAGUGCUACCACUUGCAAUCCACUCUGUGAAGUUUUAAAUGUAUGGGGCUUAAACCGAACAGAAGAAUUACAACCAUUGUUUGAAUUAAACUCUAACGAAUUGACUUUUUACCGUCCACUUUUGGAAUUUUACCAAUGUUUGGGAUCUUUAAACAUUCUUCCGAAAAUUACCAAUCCCACAUCUAUUCUUCUAGAGAACCUGUCAUACAUUUAUGCCACCGGUUCUCGAUCUGACGAUCUAAUAUACUGCAUAGCAUCUUGCUUCAGAGAUAUAGUACACUCACCUGCUAAUCCUCAAUUACAAGAGUCAUUUUCAAAGCUCUACGAGAAAUCAUUUAUUGAUAAAUUGGCUAGAAUGGUAGAAGAGGAUCAACACGAGGAGAUUAAUCCUGGGACCAUUGUCUACUUUAUGCAAUCAGCUCCAGAGGAAAAUUUAAAGAAUUCAAUUUUAAUGACACUAUUAUCGAGGCCGCUUUUCUUCAAGAAAUUGUUUCAAGAUGUACAAAGGACGACGCUAGAUUUAAAUUCAUUACAUCUAUCUGCUUCCUAUUCCAUUUUCAUCAAAUUGUUAGAGAUGCACCUUAUGAUUUCUACUGAUCACGAACUUUUAUCGGAAAAUUCUGGAUUCACUAUACAACAACUGGUAACCUUUACUACUUAUUUGAAAGAUUUUGUGUUUGACUCAUUGUGGAACUCAGCCAAUGAUGUGAAAUCGGAGAUCGUUGAUGAAACUUUAUCACUUUUACACAAGAUAUAUUUACGAGAUUCACGUCUGCACUUCUGCUCCACUAAAGCUGAGCCUGACUAUUGGUCCAACAAGGAUCAAGAAUUUUUAAAUGUGGGUAUCUUCAAAUACAUCGAAGACUACGAAAGGCUCUAUAGAGAUUUUGCCGAAAGAAGGGAAGAAAUGUAUACCAAUGACGAGGAUCAAGCCGUUGUAGAUGAAAUGAGUUCGAUAAAGUUCAAAAUUUUGGAUCAAUUGAGUACAUCUUUCAAACAUACUGUCUCCACUCGUCAAUUUCGUAAAUUACAGAUAUUGAUUAGAGCACCAUUUUUCAUACCAUUCGAACAACGUGUGGACCUAUUUUACGCUUUUAUAUCCUUGGACAAACAAAGGUUAAUGUUGGAUGAAGAUAGUACGAUAAUGAACAUGUUUAUGCCUUGGGGUAUGCCCGGAAUGGGUAGACAAUCAGCUACUAUCUCCAGAGAACACAUGUUAGAAGAUGCAUGCAAUGCAUUCAACAGUAUAGGUGAAAGGUUUAAGGCAAAAUUAGCUGUCACAUUCGUGAAUGAGUUUGGACCUGAAGUUGGAAUUGAUGGCGGUGGUAUCACAAAAGAAUUUCUAACAAGUGUCAGCGAUGAAGGUUUCAACAGUGACAAAUAUGGAUUAUUCCAAUCUAAUGAUAAUUACGAACUGUACCCUUCCACUAGUGUUGAUUCACAACAACUAAGAUACUUGUGGUUCUUAGGUAAAGUUCUAGGUAAGUGUCUCUACGAUCACGUCUUGAUCGAUGUGACAUUUGCUGAUUUCUUUUUGAAGAAAUUAUUGAACUAUUCAACGAGAUUUACUUCGUCGAUUGAUGACAUGUGCAGUCUAGAUCCAACAUUAUAUUCCAACUUAGUAAAACUGUUAUCGAUGAGUGCAGAAGAAAUCGCUUCCCUCGAUUUAACUUUCGAAAUUACUACCGAUAAUGGACCUGUAGAAUUGAUACCAAACGGUUCCAAGACUAGAGUGCAAAAGGAAACAGUUUUGUAUUACAUCGUCAAAGUUUCCGAUUACAAAUUGAACCGCUCUCUUUUCAAACAGAUUUUUAACUUCCAUGGUGGUAUGAGUAUGAUUAUAGCACCACACUGGAUGGAAAUGUUUAACUCUGUUGAAUUACAGAUGUUAAUCUCAGGUAAGGGCAAAGAUGUUGAUUUGCAAGAUCUAAAGAAUAACACUGAAUAUGGUGGGUUUUCACAGACAGAUCCAACGAUAAGACAUUUCUGGCAAAUUUUGGAGGAAUUCGAGAGGGAGGAAAGAUUCAGUUUUAUCAAAUUCGUCACAUCUGUCCCCAGGGCUCCAUUACAGGGGUUUAAAUCCCUGGAACCAAAAUUCGGUAUUAGAAAUGCUGGUUCAGAACUCGAAAGACUACCCACUGCUUCUACGUGUGUCAAUCUAUUGAAAUUGCCUGAUUACCGAGACAAAGAACUGCUGAAAAAGAAACUGUUGUAUGCCAUAAAUUCUGGUGCUAGGUUUGAUCUUUCGUGA